CUCCCUUAGGCACAAGAGAAACCAGCAGCCCCAACUCAAGACACAUACACUCAGUUUUCUCUCUCAAACCCAAAUUUUAUUUCUUACCCAGAUUCAUUCUACAUAGCAAGAGAGCCAAACAUGUCGAUCAAAAUGCCCAAAGGGCUCUCCUUUUCAGUGGAUACAUGGAGUCCUUCUUCAAAGAGACAGAGGCACCAUUUCUUAACUCACGCCCACAAAGACCACUCCACUUGGAUCUCCUCCCACUUUUCUUACCCGAUUUACUCUACCCAUCUCACCAAAACCCUCCUUCAACACUACCCCAAGGCAUUAAAGCUGGGCAAUCUGUAGCUAUUGAUGACCCGGAUGGAGCCUUCACUAAUACGGCUUUCGAUGCCAAUCACUGUCCUGCUGAGGUUAGAAGUUGCUCCGAUUUUGGUCAAAUUAAAAACCCAAGCUUAAGCCCUUCGAUUUUGGACCCAAAAGCAAAAGCACUCUCAGACACCGAGACAAAGCAAUGGAGGAUAAAACUGAGUCUGUUUCAUUCAACAAGAGAAGAACGGAGGGUAACGAUAAUUGCUUCUUCUUUUUUCUCUAUAGUUAACGGUGAAAUUUGUAAUUGCUUGCAUUGGUUUCUGGGUUGUGUUUCUUUCUUUGAUUCUGGAUAAUUAAUAUGAUUUUAUCUCAUGUGGAUAAUAGUUCAAAAGUGGCUGACUCUGAGGUAAGUUCAAAUGGUAAGAAAGAAGUAUUUUCUACUCAACUAUUCGAAAAGUUGCAAUCUUUUGUCACAUAAGCAUGGAGCGUGUGAGGAGAGUAUAUUAAUUGAACAAUGAGACAGCCACUUGACCUGAAGAAGUGGGAAAUGCAGUUCCAUGUGACUUGGUAGUUAUAAUAGGCAAUGAGAUUCUAGGAACCAGGAUUGAUGCUUAGGAGUGUGAAUGGUUUGUUUUUAUGACUUGAAGUCUGUGGGGUUGGAUAU